AUGAGCGUCGACGAUUCCGUACCGAUCAAAACUCUCCUUAUCACCGUUUUCGAGUCCGUAGUAGAAGUGUUCAUACUAUGUCUAGCUGGAUAUAUACUCUCUUCAGCUGGAGUGACUGAUAAAGCCACCCAGAGGAAGUUGAACGUCAUCAAUGUGUCGUUAUUCACCCCUGCAUUGCUUUUCUCAAAGUUGAAAGAAAUGUGGAUCAUCCCUCUAGGCUUCGUCGUCGUCACUGGGUUAUCAGCAGGAGUAGCUUGGGUAUUGGCGACAUUGUUCAAGUUGAAGAGGUCACAAAGGUCCUACGCUAUGUGUGCGGCCAUGUUUCAAAACAGUAACUCCCUCCCCAUCGCUCUGAUCCAAUCUCUUGUCAUCGAAGUGCCCGGUCUCAAAUGGGGCGAAGACGACUCGAAAGAUCAAAUGUUAGGUCGAGCUCUUACGUACCUUCUGCGUUGGUCAUGGGGAGUCAAAUUACUUUCCCAAGCAGACGACGAAGCGCCAGACGCUGUAGAUUGCGGACCUAAUCCCACUAUACCGAUUAUACACGACCAUACCGUCCAAUCUCCCGAAGCAUUAGCACCUCAUCCAGGUGCAAGAGAAACAGAUCCUUUCUUCGCCACUGCUAGCAAUAUCUCUCAAGAUGAAAGGGACGAACGACGUAAUCCCACUGGUUCAUUCGAUACAAUCACUCCAGGUCGUGCUGCAGACUCACCGAACUCGCCCUCUUUACCGUUCACCGCUCCUGGAUCAGCUCACUCAAUGCAACCUCCCCUCGUCAAGCGUGGUUCCACAGCUGGGGCAAGUGUGUUGAGUAGGAGAAGUUCCUCGGCAAGCAGAACGAGGAGAAAGUUGUCAAGAACAGAGAGUGGAAGGGAGUUUUGGGGUUUACCUGAACAGCCUAAAAUGCAUCAUAUCACUUUGAUCGAGGAGGACAGCAGUGAGAGUGAGCAGGAGGAUGAGGAGUGGGGCACUCUAACACCUACUUCCCUCCGCCGCCGCCCCCUUGAACCUCCUCAAUCGCCUUUCCAAUCACUCGUUCGAAGAUCAAAGAACCGUGCUAGGGCUAUCCUAAAAUCGGUCAACGCAUUCAUGACCGUACCAAUGUAUGCUGCAUUACUGUCAAUCUUCAUCGCGAUGAUUCCUCCUUUGCAAGCUCAAAUGGCCAGGCUCAAACCGUUGGAACAAGCUAUCAAAGGUGCAGGACAGUGUUCAAUCCCCGUCACCCUAGUCGUCCUAGGAGCAUUCUUCUAUACACCUCCCGAAGCCAAAUCAUCCAUCAACCUUCCCGCCUCACCGCCACAAUCGACCAAAAACGGGAUCGCAGGUUAUCUCGAAAAUAAGAUAAAAUCUCUCGCUGGUAAAAACAACAACAAACCGAAAGCUUACCCCGGUGAAAACAGAACUGUCUUUGUCGCUAUCAUCAGUCGAAUGAUCAUAGUUCCACUUUUGAUGUUACCGGUCAUUGCAUUGAUAGCCAAGUAUGAUCCUUUCGAAGCUGCAGAAGAUCCCGUUUUCAUCUUGGCCGCUAUCUUGCUGGUCUCAUCACCACCCGCAUUGACUUUGGCUCAAAUCACUCAAGCCGCUUCUGGAGAUGCGUUCGAAAGGUUGAUCAGUAAGACGAUCAGUUGGAGUUAUGCAGUUUUGACCCCUCCCCUGACACUAGUAUACGUCGUUAUCGGAUUGGUUUUCGGAAGAUUGUAG